CGUUGAUGUCGUCGUCCCACAUCUCGCUUGCCACCAUUGUCACAGCACCCUCUGCGAGUGCUGCGACCAUCGCCCCUCAUUACCUUAACUGCUCCUUGCGAAUACACUUUCAGAGGCGGAAUCAGUGACGGGCUCCUGUAACCCGCCUUCUCUUUACUUUUCAACCAUGACUUCCAUGGCGGACCUUCCGGUGUACAUGUUACCAGGAGUACCGGUGGUGCAACCGCCUCAUCUCGAGGGUCUUUCAGAUCCGUCUCUUUCAACUGAAAUUUUACCAGGUCCACCUUCCCUGCUGUCUGUUCAGCAGGCUGCGCACAAGCGCGACCCAAAGAAACCAGGAGCUUUUGUGUCAUAUCUGCCAGCAUCUGAUCCGGGCUCCACCUACUCUGGAUUAAUGGCUUCCACCUUCAGUGGUACAGAUGCUGAAGGGCAACGGCGCAAACGUGCUAGGGUCGACAAAGGAACCGCAAACGGAAGGGCUCAGCGUGCAUCUGCUCGCAACUUGAACAGCAGUGCCAUCCCACCCUCGGAUCUCAUCGUCCCUGAGGCAUCUUCUCGCCAGCCCAGUAUACCCCCGCUCCCAGACUCCGACCCUUUUCCGAUACACCAUGACUUUGACGACCUUUCUAUUUCUCGAGCAACCUCUGCUCCUGCUCCUGAUGAACCCUUGUCGCACCAACCACCUCCUCCAGUGGUAUCAAAUGGGAGAGGAAGACCGAGAAAAGACAAAGGGAAAGGGAAGGACACUGAGAAGCACUCUGUAAAGAUCAAGGAGGAACCGAUGACGACGUUCUCGCUCUCCCCUGACCCUUCACUUCCACUGUUGAACGAAGAUCACUGCUCAUCCUGCCGGUCGCUGGGAGCUCUGGUGUAUUGUGAUGGGUGCCCACGAGCGUUUCAUCUCUGGUGCUUAGACCCACCAAUGGAAACCGUAGAAGGAGAGAGAUGGUUUUGUCCUAGCUGCACGAUUCGGAAGCAUCCACCCCUCAAACCUCCUCCUUCCUUCAUGUCGCCCCUCAUUCAUCAAGCACAGACAAACAUUCCGAAAGAAUUCCAACUCCCAGAUGAUGUUAGAAACUUUUUUAAGGAUGUUGCAACUGGUUCCAAUGGGUGCUACAUUGAUAACUCAGAGGUCAAACAACCUCGCCUGAAUCGCCAUGGUCAGCUCGAGGAACGUGAACCUUACCGCCUUAAGGACAAAAACGGUGUUCCUGUGCUUUGCUUCCGUUGCGGAACAUCAACCCUUCCCAGUGUUGUUGAUGUAUCUGCUCCACCAGCAAAGCGUCCCAGGAGGUCAACCUCGUCCUCCCAAAGUGCCACUCCCGAGGUUUGGAGAAGCAUGGUAUCUUGCGAUCACUGCCCUCUCCACUGGCAUUUAGAUUGUCUCGACCCGCCUCUCGUGGCUAUGCCUCUGUUCAAUAAGAAGUGGAUGUGUCCCAACCAUGCAGAUCACGCUUUGCAACCCAAGCGUCGCGUUCCUAAACAAAACCCACCUAUGAUAGACAUCACAAAACCACGUCAGUUUAAUAAUGGCAACAUCGACAUCGUGCACCCACAAGGCACUUCGAUAGCAGAGAAGUUAAUCCUUGAUGAAAUCCUUAUCAAUGGCCGAAGAUAUAGGGUACCGGAGAAGGUGAUCAUGCUUGAUUUCUGGAAUAAGAUAAGUCAAGAUCAACAUCCUGAUCAAAGGCCACCGGUGUCCGCGAUGUCUUCGCCACUCACGUCCCUGAGCUCUUUGGAUGAUUUUGAUGAAAACAUUGGCACAUUACCGGAAGGUCCUCUUAUCUCGCGAGAUGAGUUGCAUGCUGCGCAGGCACUGUGCAAUUUCCAGCGAAUGCUGAGCAUACAGACAGAACAGAGGCAUGCUCCUAACGGCAUCAUAAGAAAGCUCGUCGACUCCAGUACACAAACGGCAGCAGAACUACCACCCACGAUACCUUUACCCCCGCAGGUGGAGGUAUUGAGAGCAUCUACCAACAAGCGCAAAGCACCUACGAGGUCCACUCUCCCUGCGACAGGGAAUGGUUCUACUGCCAAGUCAUCAGCACAAGCUCCUCCUGAACAGUCGGCUCCGGUGCGGCCCAAGAGGGCGCGAACUACUGUGAAACAGGAGGCGGAGGAAGUCACUUUACGUCUGCCUGAUAACCCCGAGAAACAAGCAGAGGCUUCCACGAGGACUACUCGCCAACGCCGGAAGGCCAGACCAUCAGAAACAACGAAGGAUGAGGGUGCAUUCGUGGCAAGCGUCCAGGCCUCUGCGCCGGCAUCUAGUUCCAUGAUCCGAUCUGUUGGCCCUGAAGCCUCUGACUUGAGUAGUGCUUCGGUAUUGCCCGCCUCCAAUCCUCCCAAAGUCAACACACCUAUCACUCCUAAGGCCUCAGUCACAAUCACCCAGUCUUCCCAGUCUGCUACUCCGACGUUGAAGAUACGAUUACCGCGACUGAGUGCUGUCAGCGCUGCAGUACAUUCGAAUCCACCCGUGACGGCACCUGCAUACACUGCAGCAAGCUCCAAGGAACCUCGCCCGAAGCGCCCGUUACGACGACAGACUUCUGACACUGCUACAGUCUCUUUGAGCGGCACAUCUUCGUCUGCAACUGAUGGUGGUGACGACUUUGAUCCAAGCAAACACAGUAAGUGCUGGUCUGGCUUUUUGUCUGUCUCGAUAAUGUCUCCACCAGUUGUUCAAUACGUUGUCCCCAAGCGACCCACUGUACUUGCAGGUCGUGAGUUUGUUGAUCUUCCUGGUUACGACCUAUGGCUGCACUUUGUGGACAACGUCCAUGCGUUCGAUGGGUCCAUUGACGUCAAACGUUUCCACGACGCUCUGGCAAGCACUUUGCAAAUGUACCCUCAUGCCGCGGGGAAACUGUGCACAACCGGAAGUCGUUGGUUUAUCCAGCUGACAAAUUCCGGACUGCCCGUUGAGGCCGAGGAUCGCAGUGAAGAGUUAUCUGCCUCUAUCAUUCAAGGAGACUGGGUUGUUCAAGACGACCUUUCUUCAUUGCUUAGCCAACCACCGCCAGAUGCUAGCGUCGUUAAUGGUAGUGCCGCUCUGGUUCGUUUCAAGAUAACAACGUUCAAGGAUAGGACAUGUCUUGCGGUAUCUUGGCACCACACUCUCGGAGAUGCGGUGGCGCUUUGUCGGUUCAUGCAAACAUUGUCCCUAUUCUACCAAAGGGUCGAGCCAGUUUUUGCUCCACCAACUUUCGACAAACACCAGUACCGAACCCCAGAGCCAUCUACGUCCUCGGACUUCCUUCCACUGAUGCCUCAUUUGUGGGUUUCUUACCCUUUCAAUGAGCUCGAGGCCAAAUAUGCCGAGGCCUGCGAAGAUUUGGGAAAUCUAAGAUGGAGAUUUCAUGAACAUCAUAUUCAUGCACUCCACUCCAUGCUCAGUGCCAAUGAGGAGGGCUAUUUUUCGUGGCAAGAUUGCCUCACAGCGUAUAUUGUCACUCUCUUGAAUCGUUCUAUGGCUAGGCCCGUUCGCAUGGUCACGAAUGUCGCUAAUUUUCGGCGUGUCGAAGCUCACUACAUCGCAAGUAAUGUCGCAGGAAACGCUAUCCAGAAUAUCCCGACCGGGACCCUGCCAUCUCAUAUGCGAGGUAUCGCCACUGCUGUGCGGGAAUCGAUCGAUCGGUGCCGUGAUGAAAUAUUUCUCGAGGAUUGGAUGAGCGUGGCAAGUGAUCUCAUGCUAACGGCUGCCAAUUCUGGGAAAUCUUUCUUCUUUGCUUCGCGCCCUGGCGUGAUGACCAUCAAUUCUAAUGUCGCGAUCGACUGGUGUGACGCUCACUUCGGUUUUCCUGAUUCUUCCAGUUUUUUCACAACUGGAUGUACGAGGUUCUAUUUUCGACCCUUCAAAUCGAACCCUACGCUCUGCAAUGGCACUUGGCGGCCCCGAAAAGGCUCCGUAGACAUCUCUAUGGGCGUUCCGACAGUAUUGAAGGCUAAACUUUUAGACCGCCUAGCGUUGGAUUUUGAGACUAUCCUUUAUCCGUCACUGUUGGACACCCGGGCCGAGCUUGAUGCCCACUGGGAGUGACGCCAUGAAUUAUUUAUGGGCCACCAUAUUCUUGCGCGUUGUAUAUAAUCCUUGUUCAUCCCAGUCCCUACAGUCUGGACUCUGCGUAUACAUACUUCCCGGAAGAGAUCUUUUGAUCGGAUUUGUAUUUCGAUAUUAUUGUUUCCAUAGUCUGUUCCGAUAUACCUGAUCGAUGAUCCAUUAGCAUUAGUUCCUCGUUCAUUCUGCCUAUAUUUGUCCAACACUCGA